AGAUAUUUCAGAUCGAAAGCCCCAAAUUACAAGCUGCCAUUCUUUACAGGAAUCCCGUGGAACCAGUUAAGGUGGCUUCAUCAUCAGUAUAUCUCUACGACUCUACUCAUUGUUCUCCCAUACUUCACGAACAGAGACUCACUGUCGUGGUCAAGCCAAAGCAGAGCAGCUCACAUCUCUCUCUCUCUCUCUCUAACACACACACACACACCCCUCGAUCAUUCAUUCACCCCCAGAAGCUAGAUAUGCAAAUGGAAGUGUCAUUAGGCAGCAUAGCAGUAUCCGUUGUUUUGUUGAUUAUAGCUUCAUCAUGGGCAUGGAGGGUGCUGAAUUGGGUGUGGUUGAAGCCAAAGAAGCUAGAAAACUGUCUGAGGCAGCAAGGUCUUGCCGGAAACUCCUACCGCCUUUUGAUUGGCGAUCUUAAGGAGAACAUCAAGGUGGUGAAGGAAGCCACUUCAAAACCCAUGAACCUCUCCGAUGAUGUAGCCCCGCGUGUCCUGCCAUAUCUCCAUCAAACCAUUAACAAACAUGGUAAGAAUUCUUUCAUGUGGUUUGGUACUACACCAAGGGUGACCAUCAUGAAUCCAGACUAUUUGAAAGAUAUAUUCACCAAAUAUGAUGAUUUUCAGAAGCCACAUACUAGUCCUAUUGUCAAGUUGCUGUCAUACGGUAUUGCACACCUCGAGGGUGAAAAAUGGGUUAAACGGAGAAAGCUUAUUAACCCAGCAUUCCAUAUUGAGAAGCUAAAGAAUAUGUUGCCAGCAUUUUAUCAAAGCUGCACUGAUAUGAUUAGCAAUUGGGAGAUCAAGGUGUCGAAGGAGGGAUCAUGUGAAUUGGAUAUUUGGCCUUUUCUUCAAAAUAUGUCAGGAGAUGUGAUUUCUAGGACAGCAUUUGGUAGUAGUUAUGAAGAAGGGAGAACAAUAUUUGAACUCCAGAAAGAACAAGUACAACUCUUAAGUAAAGCCUUAUUCAUUGCUUUCAUUCCAGGAUUGAGGUUUCUACCAACAGAGUUGAAUAGGAGGAUGAAGGCAAUUAGCAAAGAAAUAGAAGCAACAUUGAAGCAUAUUAUUAGUAAAAAAGAGGAGGCAAUGAAAACUGGUGAUGAAGCCUCUAAGAAUGACUUAUUAGGGAUACUUCUGGAAUCCAAUUGGAAAGAAAUUCGACAGUAUGGGGGGAACAAGAAUGUUGGAAUGAGCAUUGAAGACGUGAUUGGAGAAUGUAAGCUGUUUUACUUUGCCGGGGCAGAGACUACCUCAAUCUUGCUUACUUGGACUAUGAUUCUCCUCUGUAGAUAUCCAAAUUGGCAGGCUCGUGCCAGAGAAGAGGUUUUUCAAGUAUUUGGCAACAAGAAACCAGAUUUUGAUGGGCUCGUUCACCUAAAAGUUGUCACCAUGAUUUUAUAUGAGGUUCUGAGGUUAUACCCACCAGUACCUGUGAUGACUCGAACUGUUCAGAAGGAAACACAGCUCGGAAAUUUGUUACUCCCACCUGGAGUGCAGUUGUCGUUACCAAUAUUCCUGGUUCAGCAAGACCAACAACUGUGGGGUGAGGACGCAAAGGAAUUCAACCCAGAGAGAUUUUCAGAAGGAAUUUCAAAGGCAACAAAGGGUCAGGUUUCAUUUAUCCCAUUCGGAUGGGGUCCUCGGAUAUGCAUUGGACAAAACUUUGGUUUGAUGGAAGCAAAAAUGGCGUUGUCCUUGAUAUUACGUAGCUUCACAUUUGAGCUUUCCCCAUCCUAUACUCAUGGUCCAAUCACGGCUAUAACGAUUCAACCACAAUAUGGUGCACACAUUAUCUUGCAAAAACUGUAACUGCAGUGCGGUGUAAAAUGAACUUCAUUUUGUUGCAACCACCAAGGAAGUUGCAUGUAUAAACCGCUACAUACUGAUGGUUUCAUAUGUCAUUAGUGGAAUAUUAGGAGAAAUUGUUAUAUGUUAGUUGUUGCUACCUCGCUUGUUUCUGUUGGGUAAUGUUAGCUACUUUGGUCUA